AUGCUCCAGCGAAAUGGCGCUGCCGACGCACCAACUGAACUAUUUGACGCUGCCGAGGAAGAAAAUGCACUGUUGGAAAAUGCCGAAGAAGGCAGUGAGCGCUCCUCUAGACCUGUGUCUCCUGCUGCAAGACAUGUAGUCCCGCAUCCCAAAUUCUGGUGGAUACAGCUUCUCGCAUACAUUGUGCUUUUUUGCGCGAGCUCGUGGGUCGGACUGCAUUAUGAGCAGCCUGGCGAUGUACGCUACAGAGAUUCAAUCCAGUCGGCCGUCGCACAUCCUCGAAGACAAGGCUACGGCAAACAAGAGAAAAUCUUCGUUGCUGCAAUGUUCUAUAAUAAUGAACUAGUUAUUCCCUACUGGCAUAACUCUCUUAUCAAAGUCAUCCAUUAUCUCGGUCCAGACAAUGUUUUCGUCUCUGUCGUCGAGAGUUACAGUACCGAUAGCUCCCCUCAGCUCCUGCGAGCAUUAGAUGCAGACCUUGCGCUUUUGGGUGUGUCGCGGCGCAUACUCACAGGAGAUGAGACAAUAUCGAGACCUGACGAUAUGGGCGGAAGUGAUCGCAUCGAAUUCUUGGCGGCCACGCGUAACCGCGCACUGGAGCCCUUGCUCGCAGGAGGGUAUGAUAGGGUAGUGUUCUCGAAUGAUAUAUUUAUCGAGCCCGAGAGCUUGGUAGAGUUAUUGGAGACGAACGGUGGAGAUUACGAUAUGGCAUGUGGGCUAGACUUUGGGCAUUUUGGCGCGUAUGAUAUGUGGGUUCUUCGAGAUCGACAGGCAAAGCUCGCCAGUGGAAUCUGGCCAUAUUUCUUCGACGAAGCUGACUAUCAUUCCAUGCUGGAGGAUGCUCCUGUGCCCGUAUUCACCUGCUGGAAUGGUAUCGUUGUCUUCGCUGCAGAUCCUCUUAUUCCGAUAGCAUUGCGAUCUAACCGCACGCUUUCCCAUGAUCCUUUACCAUACGAAUUGCCCUCAACCCACCCGGCAACACAAGACGCUUCUAUGAGCGGUCCUAGUCCUGCUCUGACACCCCCAAUAAAGUUCCGCGUCUCUGCGCCAGGGGAAUGUUUUUCGUCCGAAAGUUUCUUUAUACCAUAUGACCUCAGGCGACAGUUCAAUCUACAGCGCAUGUACGUCAACCCAAGGGUCAUUAAUGCGUACCGGUGGAGAUAUUAUGUCUACUUUAAAUGGUUCAUGCGCCACCCCGUGCUCCGUUGGUGGAUCGAAAAGGUGUACAACGGUGCAUGGAUGGCAAGAGCUGUGUUCGUCGUGGGAGAUGCAACUCAGGUGUCCCGAUGGGACGGAGGGGACUGUCAUCCAUGGUAA